GUCUUGACUAGUGAGAAGCUCAGUUCUGUAUUGCAUUUAUUUAUUUCCCUUUUGCAGCUUGAGAGGAGCACCGUUGACGGAGGGCAACAGGCUGCAAUGCAACGUCUGCAAGGAGGAGGAGGAGGGCAAAAGGAAGUCAAAAUGGAACUGAAAGGUGGUGGAAAAGAGAAAAAAACCAGGGCUGUACAGAAGGGCCUUCAGGCCACCCAUGCUGGAAUUGGGGCUGAGCUUCAGUUUCAGAAACUUUUGAAGCCAAUCAAGCAGGAACCGGAAGAUGGACUGCAACAGCGCUGGGAAACCCAGUGGCAGAAAUUCCCGAAGACCGUGCAGGCACCCUAUUUCCCAGAAAGAUGUCCACAGCUCCUCCAACCCCCACCGGAGGAGAGUCCUAAAGGAUUUCAAGCUUCUUUUCCCUUCUUGAAGGGCACCGCAGAGACCAAGCUAAGAUCUAGAGAAGAGGUGUUUAGCCAGAAGGCCUGCAGGCCCUGUGAGAAGGACCCACGUUCUUCUGUGGAAGUAAAAGAUGAGAUUUGGGGUGAGGACAUGGAUAGCUUGGAAGAGCAGAGCCAGCAUUUCCAUCAGUUCCGCUACCAGGAAGCUGAAGGCCCCAGAAAUGUUUGUGAGCAGCUUUGGAAGCUUUGCCGCCAGUGGUUGAAGCCGGAGAGGCACACAAAGGAGCAGAUCUUGGAACUGGUGGUCCUGGAGCAGCUUCUGACCAUCCUGCCUGAGGAUAUACAAGGUUGGGUAAGAGAAGGCAGACCCCAGACCUGUGCCCAGGCUGUCACUCUGGCAGAGGAUUUCCUCCUGAAUCUACAGAGAAGACAGCAGGACCUGGAGCCGUAUGAAGAGGUGAUUGUUAACUCCCCCAAGGCAGAAUUGGAACCAUCAGAUGCAGAGGAGCCGGGGAACUCCACGGAGGUUGAGCGAGGUAGUGAUGAUGAGCCUCCCUUAUUCAGUGACGGAGAAAGGUGCCGAAGCCACCACUCAGAGGGAAUGGAGCACGGAGAAUUAACCAGGAUGUCCUCAAAAAACAUAGGAGGACAGACUAACCUGCAUCCUUGCUUUGCUUCAGGAGGUGAGAAUGAGGAGCUAAAUCUUCAUAGGGAAAAUGCCCAGUUGGUUGAAUUCGGUGACAUCUCCCCAGAAAGAGGCAGAGGGACAUUUCUCCAGGUACCUGAAGUAGCAGGAAGGCCAGGAAGUCAGGAGAGACCGAGACACCCCCAAGGAAACUCAGCCAGGAAGUUGCCAAGAAAAAAUGUGACUUGCAGGGAAAUCGAUUCAGACAGGAGCCCCAGCCAGGAGAGGGUCCCUGAGCACCUCCCCCAAAAGGCAGCCACCGGAUGUGUGAGGAAGAGCGGCCCGUGUGCUGACCUCGCUCAACCAGCCAAGGCCCCGUCCUACGAAUGCUCCUACUGUGGCAAGCGGUGGCCAUGCCAAUCCCAGCUCCGCCGGCAUCUCAAAAUCCACACGGGCGAGAGGCCUCACAAAUGCACAGACUGUGGGAAGAGUUUCAGCAACAGUUCGAACCUCAGCCAGCAUAAACGGGUGCACACCGGGGAGAGGCCCUACAGUUGCAAAGACUGCGGGAAAAGCUACCGACGCCGGGCCUCCCUGCUCCAGCACGAGAGAGAAACCUGCCGGAAAGGGAACCCCUUAACCGCUCCGGCGGUGGGAUACAUUUUGUUGGGGAACUGUACCUUGCUGUGUAUGAAGAAAUCCGUGCAGAGUGGGAAGAAUCGGGUGAUAGCACCCAAGGGGGCCGAGGUCCCACUCGCAGCUCAGCCUUUAAACCUAGCAAUGGGAUAUUCACAAGAAAAGAGCCAGGGUGGCAGCUAGAGGUCUAGAAAGCUUGAGUUGCGAGAUGUGAUGCUGUCUUUGAUCGAACGGGCCUUUCGGCUGGGGUAGAGGAACACCAGAUCUUCCUUCGCAACAAAUCUAUGGGAAAGAUAUGGGCGGGUGGGGGGGGGCACUGACCUCGAGGGAAACUCUCCUGUUUCAGUUCCAGCGAAACCCAAACAUUAAACUAGGAGCAAGGCAGGAGGAGGGAUGGAAAUGAUCAAUGGAGGACAUUUCUGAAGGAUCCCACAAACAAAGGCCUCUUGAGCUGGAAAAGGUACCAAGAGUAGGGAGUUCUGCCUGGAAAGAAGCUUCCCCUGGAAAUGUGUUGGGCCUGUUUUCAGGUUUACUAAGCCUUUUAGGGUAUGCCAAAGGGAUGAUAUCCAGUAUCCUAGCUUGGGGACAGUGAGGCUGUGCAGGAGCCUGGAUUGCAAAGGAACAGGAAAAAUUCAGAGCCUGUCCAGAGGGGGAUGACGUACUGGUCUGCAUCUCUUUAAAGAGGCCGAGUCUUUUUCCUUGCCUUGUAUGGCUCUCCUAGAAGCCAAGACACUUGGCUUAAGGAUGCACUGAUAGGGGAAGUGCAGAUGUGUUGUUCCAAGUCGCCUCUUCCAUUUGAGAAUUCCGAGGGAUGCACAGUAUCCGCGUACUGUAGGUUUGACGAACGACAAGACAGGGUUAGCGUUAUUCUCUGGCAGCUUAAAUGAUCUGCAUGAGUGCAGAGCUUCAGUCAGUUUGCAGACGGUCAUUCGGAGCACAGCUGGAUGGGAUGUAAAUGGGUCCUUAGGCCUAGAUCCCUAACCUGGUUCAAGACUCUUUCAAAAAGCCGCCAGUUUAGUCCCAAUGCGCAUGGAAGGAGAAAACCAUAUAAAUUUUCCGAAUUUGAGAGACUCUUCUUGACCUAGUGGCCUCUUUUUCAGUACAGGGGCUGCUGGGCAGGCAACCGGGUGGUUUCUUAACGUUGGGAAAAGCCAUUUUUUCCUCCUUAAGCAAACUCCCCCUUUUAAAAAAGUGUUGAAUUCAUAGAACGUUUUGACAGAGAUCAGACUGGAUGUCAAAUCCACUCUUAGUUUGCUUUGCCACUGUGGGGAUUAGCAUUGACUGGACCAGGGGUCCCCAACCCCCAGGCCGUGGCCCUUUACCAAGCCUUGAGCUUUUCGGAACCGGGCUACCGAUGUAGCAGGCGUAUCCCCACUCACAUGAACAGCAGGCGACUGCACACGCUCCAUUUGUGUGAGCAGCAUGCGCGCUUGCCCACUUCUUGUGCAUGUGGAGCUGUGUGCUUGCCCGCCGCCCGUGCGGGACCUUCACCCUCUUCCCCCCACCAGUUCUCAAACCCAUGUCCUGUUGAGUCGCCGUUUCAGAGAUCUUUUACAACCAGAUUCCUUCAACAGGUUGCUGAUGUUCUGACCCAUUUCUCCCUGGGAAUGCUGCCAGAGACCUAAUUGCCAAAGGCAGAGCAAGGCCAAAGUUUGGCACAGAGUCAA